AUGACUUCAGCCCAAGUGGGUUUACAUGAGAUGACGACUGCCAAUUGGAGAUGCACACGACAGCAUGACUGUGGGCCUCAUGCUACCAUUUCAGUGCACUCAGCCUCGGCCUCACCCCCACCCACUUGCCCCCAUAAAGGUGGGCAGUUAUGGCGAACUCAGUCACAUGUGGCGAGUGGACUGUGGUCAUUUGAAGCAACAGCGCAACACUGGCAGUCUAUCUUUCAACGUGACCUUGUCCGAGUGCCUCUUGUCACACUCGCAGCUUCGAUGCUGUCUGCUGGUCAGCUUAUCGGGUCUAUUCUUGAGGCUCUCUCCUCUACAUUUCAUCGCAACAAGAGUUGGGCAUCUCGACAUUUAGUCGCCCAUUUUGUUCAUCUCUUCGCUCCAUUUCGGCCGCAAUUGCCAUUUCACACUCUGUCAAAUCAGACAAGCAUACAAAGGCUACAGUAA